AUGUUCAGAUACACUAUUGCUUGUCUCUUCUUGUUCGCCGCUUUGGCUUCUGCCCAGAACCCAAUCUGUGCCACCUACAACAACACCUACGGAUACGGUUACAACACCGUUGCCUUCAACUUUGUUGGCCGUCACAACCACUUGGAGUCAUUCGCCGAGAGUGGAGGUGUCGUCAACGACUUUGUCAACCAGCGCUCCGCCGUCUUCUACCGCAUCCAGUUCAACAACACCGACAACAUGCCCAUCUUUGAGGAGGGAAUGGAGGUGCACUUUGGCAACAACAACACCAACUACCUGAUCACCAACGGCGUCUGCUUCCUGUUCUCGGCCUACUUCCCAAUCCCCAACACCAUGGUGCCACCCAACACCAAGUUCUCCAACCAAGUCACCAUCGGCUCGCAGAAGUACAACUCAUACACCUCGCCAUUCUUUGACGGAGUCCACUCCUACUUUGGUGCCUUUGAGCAAUCGACCUGCAUUCCAAUCAACCAGAGACUGUCCAACGUCGACUACACCCUCGGCGAGGCCCACACCUCCAUCUUUGACUUCUCGACCACCAUCGACAGCAACGUCUUCAACCUGCCACCACCAUGUGAGCACCCAAUCCACAACCGUGAGUACACUGGUGUCCGCACUCACAUGAACUACUACUUGAACCGCGAGUUGUAA